ACCGCCUAUGCAUUUCUCCCAUUCUCCUCCAUCUCACAACCAACAUGGCAAUCUUCUCUAGCCUCGCCUACAACUGGCAACACUGCGUCAACCACGUCGGCAUCCCCCUGUUUUUCUGGAGACGUCCAACAUGGUCUGUCCGUCAGAUGCCAGAUCAAUCCGGAAAGGUCGUUCUCAUCACGGGGGGAAACUCUGGUACCGGAUACGCUACCGCCCUCGCCCUUUACAACGCCGGUGCCAACGUCACCAUAGCUUGUCGCUCUCUCGACCGCGCUCGAGAGGCUGUAGAUGAUAUCAAGAAGAAUGGUGAGAGGUCUAUAUGGGGUAUCCGAUACAACAGCCGUGCCCCGGAAGCAGAGAACAAGGUCGGCACUGUGGACGUUCUUGAGCUUGAUCUCGCGGAUUUGGGGAGUGUUCAACGAGCCGCUGAAGAGUACAAGACCCGUGUCAAAAAGCUGGACUUGCUUUACUUGAACGCUGGCAUCAUGGGCACCCCGGAAGGGCAAUGGACCAAGCAAGGCUACACUCUCCAAUUUGGAACUAUGGUCCUGGCCCACCAGCGCUUCGCCACCCAUCUCAUGCCUAUCCUCUUGUCCCCUCGCCCAGAGCCGGCCAGAAUCGUCACCCUCGCCUCUUUCGCGCACAACCUUGCCCCGACCGGGGGUAUUGACUAUCUCUCCCUCAUUCGCCACCCCGACGACGUGCCCAAUCCCGAUGGGUCGCUCAAGAGGGGGAAGAACGAGCAAGAGAGGUGGGCAGAGUAUGGGCAGUCGAAGUGGGGGAAUAUCGCUUUGGCGAGGUAUCUUGCUGCUACGUAUGACCCGAAGGAGUUGAUCGCCGUGGCAGUUCAUCCUGGUUCGCUCUCGACUAACCUUUCCAAUCAUAUCGGUGCGUUCGCCUGGUUAAUGUCCAAAGCACAAUGGGCUCUCUCGCCGCUCCACUUUUCCCCCUCUGAUGGCGCGCUCAACCAGAUCUGGGCCGGUACCCUCCCCUUCCCGGAAGCUCUGGAGCUGGACGGCAAGUACGUCACGCCUUUCAACCAUGUCCUGGAGCCGAGAGGCGAUCUGGUGGGUGAAGAGGGAAAGAAGAAGGCGGUGGAACUUUGGGAGUGGUGUGAUGAGCAGGGAAAGAAGUUUCAGUAGUCGGGUAUCUGGUGGUGUAUAGUCCUCUAUUUCAGACUUCUCGAUAAGCAGUAAAGUCGCUCGCCCAUUGUCCAGUAUCGGUCCCUUAUUAGAUGGUGGUCUUUCUCUGCAAUGCACACAAUUCUGCAGCUC